AUGGGAGGUGUAUGUGAAGCAGAGCUAUCACAUAGAACAAAAUGCCACUGGCCAAGGCCUUGUGUUGCUUUGCAAAGUUUGCCUGAUUCUCCUGGAAUCCGCUCUACUGUCUGGAAGCUUUUGCUUGGAUACUUGCCACCUGAACGUUCACUCUGGUCAAGUGAAUUGAAACAAAAGAGAUCACAGUACAAACACUAUAAGGAUGAGCUUCUUGCCAGUCCCUCCCACGCUGAAGCUGAUGCAUUCUUCUGCUUUGUUGAACUGUUGAGUGGAUUUAGAGACUUCUACUGUCAGCAACUAGACAAUAGUGUGGUUGGAAUCUGGUCUGCAAUAACAAGGCUCUCACAACUUGUUAGGAAGCAUGAUGAGGAACUUUGGCGUCAUUUAGAGAUCACCCACCAAAGUAAACCCACAGUUCUAUGCAUUUAGGUGGAUCACUCUCCUCCUUACACAAGAGUUUAGCUUCUUUGACUCUCUUCACAUAUGGGAUGCACUCUUAAGCGACCCCGAAGGUCCUCUGGAAAGCUUACUGGGGAUAUGUUGUGCGAUGCUGGUACUGGUGAGGAAGAGGUUGAUCGCUGGAGAUUUCACAUCUAACAUGAAAUUACUUCAACAUUAUCCAACUACCAACAUCAGCCAUCUCUUGUUCUCUUGUAUAUAGCUAAUAAACUUCGUUCCAAAUUGUUAAUCUAAAAGUAUUUUCUUUUGAUUUUUUUUUUUUUUUUUUUUUUUGUAACACAAAUUUUUCAUUAAUUCUCAAACAUCCAGUCUACAAUUAAGAUAAGAGUUUAAACAAACUCGACAAACAAAAAACAAUAAAGCAUAAACAAUAGAUAUAGAGAGACCUCUAAAAUAGUGGGACAGCGAAUUCAAAGCAAAGCUCAAAUGCGUCGAAGCAAGAUUCAUGGCAGAGCCAGAAGCUUGAGAAAUAGUCACUUUGUAGUGUGACGUUGACAUCCAAUCCGCACCUAGGAAUAUCGUCGAAA